CAUGGCCAGUGUAAUAGCUUUUCAAAUUUUGCACUAUUCUUUUAUAUUCGUUAAACUCAACGUAUGAAUUUUAAGUUUGAGCUACGCACCAUCAUUAAAAGUAUUAAUUCAUCAGCCUUCUACUUUUAAACUGACGCAAUUUAUCAUUGCCACUAGCUUUCAGGCCCACGACUUAUGCUGAUUAUUUGAAAUGGACCUGGAAACCUUCAAUGUAAUCUUAUUCGAAUCUCUUCCUUUUACGACUGCGAAAUGCAAGGAAAUUUCAUGGGACAUUUUCACUAUUCAUGGAAGCAUCUCAAAAAGAUUGAAGAUUCUCUCAGAUGAAUUUCUCCUUGAUGUCCUUAAAGAUCUAAAUAAAAUGAAUGAAGAGCCGAAAUCCUGGAAAGCAGAAAUAACCAUCAUUUUUAACCGAAAGUUUUCGAACAACGCAAAUGUGGUUUCGGCAGUUUUGCGAUCUCAUCCUUGGUUCUGCGAAGGCGAAAGCGCGUUUGAAAAAAUGGAGUUUUUGAGCGAGCCACUCCUUGCAAAAAUAGCUGCGGCACCUGAUAAUGUGAAAAAUAAAGCGACCAAAUUGGCAGCUGAUUUUAUGAAGUGGUGGAAAAGCAAAUCUGAGGAACCUGAAAACUCGGAGGAAAAAUCAGAAGAAAAGCAAGGAAAACGUCUAGGUCGUGCGAAAGAUUCCAAACCAAAGCCAGACGAAAAGGAGAGUAAGAAAGAUGAAAUAGAGAAUAGUGACAAAACAAACCUCAGCGAGGCAUCAACCGCAUCCGGUUCCACUUCUGUAAGCAAUAGUUCGGUCAAAGCGCCAGCGAAAUCGCAGAAACCCAAAGCCCUGGAUGCCGGAACCCUGUUGAGUCCUGCAACUCCUGCUCCGGGAACAGUAGACAAUAAACUUCAACGAAGUGACUCUGAGGUUGACUUCGAUUUGGCCAUCAAACUUUCAAUCGCUGCAGCUACCGGUGACGAUGAGUUAGACCUGGCCAUCGCCCUUUCUGUAGGCGAUCAAGAUAACCAAACAACCAUAGAACAAGAUUUUUCAAUGGUGCAAUCGUGCUCUUCCCAUAGACUCAACGCUUCAAACACAGAAAGAAAUGAUUUAUACGAGGAACCGAGUUACAUUCCAGACGACGACAAUUACAUUUCAGACACAGGGUCAGAUGUAUAUUGCGACACGUGUUCCGAGGGCGACUGCGGUGAAAACUUGGGAUACCAGAAUUCUCAUGGCUAUCCAGAAAUGGAGACUGAAAACUCUGGAGACGAAAUUGACGUUGCGGCGACUUCAAACAGCAUCGGAGCAGGCGCACAAAUGACAGCUGAAACGAAAGAUAAAAUUGCGCUCACAGGAGCUGCUUUCGAUGCCACUGCUACCGCUGCAAUGAACGUGGAGUCCAGUGGCAACGUCGAUAUUGAAGGCGCAACUUCGGGAGCUUCAGCCCAAGCAGCAUUAACCGGACAGUCUAAAAAUAACGUUCACAUAGGUGGUGUGGACGCUUCAGCUUCAGCAAGUGCAACAGGUGUCCAAUCAAAUAGUGGAAACGUGUCUGUUCAAGGAGGCUCGGCUGAAGCUACGGUCAAGGCGACAGGAGCAGCGAAGAAUACGGGCAACGUAAGCGUUACUGGGAUAAGUGCAUCUGCCGGUGCAACGGCUCAAGGGGCGGGGCUGAACGCAGGAAAUGUAAAUAUAACAGGAGCUAGCGUUGGAGCAAAUGCCAAUUUCAGUGGAGCAACUGCGUCCUUUGGAAAUUUAAACAUUUCUGGACCAUCGGCUGAAGUUUCUGUUGGUUUCAAUGCCAUAUCAGCAGGAAACGUAUCACUUGGAGUUGGUGGUUUCGGAGUGGACUUGAACCCUUUAAACUGGUUUACCAAUAUUGGACUAGGCGGGGGAGGCGGAGGCGGAGGCGGUGGCGGAGGCGGAGGCGGUGUAUGUGGCGGAGGUGGAGGCGGAGAAUCAGCAGGAUCUUCAGGUGCGAAUAGUGGUCAAAACCCGAUGGCAAGUGGGACGAUCGACGACGCCGGCGGGAAAAUGAUGGGAAAACUAGGCGGCAAAUUUCACGCGGGCGCUGGCGUCUCGGCCUUUUCAGCUGGCGUCGAUGGCCUGGCGUCAGUCCGAGGUCCGUCAACUGAAGCAGGUGUCGAAGUGGACGCUUAUGUUCAAGGGGGAGCUAAUGCUAAGGGUGAAGGAAGAGCAUCAAGUGAUGGUCAGUCCAUUGAUUUAAAAGGUUCUGCAGCAGGUGACUAUAAUAUUGGGGGAACUUUAGAUGGCUCUGCUUAUUUACGUGGAAACAUGCUUGAAGCCAAUGUUUUGAAUGGUAAGUACAAAUUUUCUGGUCCUGCCGCCACAGCUGAAGGUCAAGUUCAAGGUAAAAUCCGACGAGAGUUCGAAGGAAAUGUCAAAGGAAAAAUCAAAUGCAAGAAAGCUGGUAGCUCGGCCGAAGGAAGUAAAAGUUCGUCGUCAAAAACCGAGGCUCGAUUCAAAGUUGAGGGGUCUUCUUCGGGCCAUGUGUAUAAAUACAAGAUCGGAGAUAAAACUGCCGAUGGUCCGAGCUAUGAAUGGACCGGAAGUUUCGAUGCUGGAAAAGUCCGAACUAAAGAAAAUCAACGAGUAACCGAGAACAGCUCAUGGCGUGAACAAAGCAGUCAUCUGCAAACGAGCGGGAGACAAAGUUCGGGAAAGAUUGAUUGGAAAGAUGUCGGAAAAGACACUUUGACUGUGGGUAAAAAAAUUGUUUCUGGCAGCGAAAAAAAUGGCAAAAUGAAAAAGACACCAAACAAUUGGAUGAUGCCAAAGUUAAUACUGGAUCAGUCGCUGGUAGUGGCAGCAAAAAGGACGAGGUCCCGUUUUGGAGGGUAUUCGGAGAAACACAUCGGCUCCAAGAGAACACUUAAGGAUGGAAAAUUGGAAAAGGAAUCAUGGGAUGAAAAGAAAAGUGACUUUUGGUUAACCGAUGCUGAGUCAGACCGGCAAAACUUGGAACCGGAUUCGAACAAAAAAUCUGAACCGAAAGAGAAAUCUCCAACAAACGAGGAUCCGGAUGCCAAACGUGUUCUCGAAUUGACUAACAUGAUUCUGAGCGAAAACAGCGAAUUGGUAACUCGAAAUAUUAACUUGUCAGAUCAUCUCGAGAACUUCUACGAGGCUAACAGAGGUUCUUACGAAGGAUCUAAUUCAAACCAAGAUGAAGACGAUGAUUGCGAAGACAAAGAACUGUGCGAUUUUUGCAAGCCCUCGGGUUCGCCUAGAUGCAUGAAGUGUCUGUUGGGCAGAUCCGGGAGGAAAAUCACCAAGUUUGGCACAGGCGGAAAUAUUCAUGGAUUCUCAGCAUGA